GUUAGCUUCUUAAAACUGAGUGUAACGCCAAGCUUGUAUCUUUGGAUCUUUUUGUCCAGUCUCAUUUCUUUUCUUCGACCAUGACACCCAAGACCAACGCCCCAUUGACAACACCAUUACUACUACUGACUUUGUGGUUGGUUCCCUUGUCUGCCUUUCUUGCGGAUGGCUCUUCCUUUUCCAAAGCGCAUGCCACGGGAUUGCAUGCCAGCUUGGAGAGCUUGGCCCAAGGCUUGGCGCAGCACAAGUACGAAAAUGUCGUGGUCGUCCUGGGCGCCGGAGUCUCGGUGAAUGCCGGUAUCCCCGACUUUCGAUCUCCGGGAACUGGCCUCUAUUCCAAGCUGGAAGACUUACAGCUGCCGUACCCAGAAGCCAUUUUCGAACUCGUCUACUUUCGCAAGAAUCCACAACCCUUUGUUAACGUCGCACAAGCCAUGUGGCCCGGACAAGACGAGGGCCCCAAACCCACUCUGGCACAUUCCUUUUUGGCAGUGUUGGAACAACAGAACGUCUUGAAGCGAGUCUAUACGCAAAACAUUGAUGGUUUGGAACAAAUGGCAGGCGUCUCGCAAGAGCGACUGGUGGAAUGUCACGGCCAUUUUUCCUCCUGUUCGUGUAUUCAAUGCCAACAGAGUGCCGAUCUCCAAAUUUGCCAAGACACGUACCAAAAAGAAGGCCAAGUCAUGACCUGUCCUCAAUGUGGAUCCUACGUCAAGCCGGAUAUUGUCUUUUUUGGAGAGGAGCUUCCCUCCAUUUUCUUGGACUACGUCUACCAAGAUAUGGACGACUGCGACUUGCUCCUUGUCAUGGGGACCAGUCUAUUGGUGGCACCCGUCGCCAGUAUUCCCGACUGGGUAAGACCGACUGUGCCAAGGCUGUUGAUCAAUCGAGAGCUGGUGGGAAGCUUUGCUCAAGCAGCGCUUUUGGGGUCAAACUCGGCUACUACUAGGGAUGUCUUUUGCAAGGGAGACUGUGAUGACGGAGUCCGGGCCAUUUGCGAUUUGGCGGGGGAGGAAUGGGCCAACCAACUCAAGACGCUUCAUGGAGAAGUGUGUUCUUCUUCCACGUGAGACCAACAAUAAACAAGGACAAAGCAAAACUGAAAAUAGAGUCUACUUCUUGAGAUAUUAAUGUGGAUGACGUCCAAAAUGGUUUGCAGCCUCCUUGACAAUAUUUGCCUCCGAUGGACAACUAACCUUCCCAUGACAGUUUUUCCAUUUGGCACUGGCGAAUCGACUCCCACCUGUUCCAACAAGAUACACGGCAGCAGGACUAUCAUAAGGUGAUUUAAUGAAUAAAAUGCCCUUGCAUUUUGUACUUGCUGACUCGGAUGAUAGGUCCCUUCCACGAGUAUCAAACCAAGCGAAUCCUAGUUUCUGCC